UGCAGACGCAUAAGCCACGUAACUGUAGGCUAUAUCUGAAGACAGCGAUUGUUCUUUGUUCUGUUGUUGCUUUCCUUGUCCGUAAAAAUCGGCUAGAUGGCGCCAUUGCUCCAUGCUGUACCACAUAAAUUCAACAACUUGACCCCAGUGACGUCAAGACGGUCUGGCGCAUCAAGGCCACUUACAAAACCCUAUUGGUCUGAAAAUCACAUGACAAAGCGCCUUGAAUCCAUAAUUAUGUUGCUGAUAUUUUUCGCCCCCCCAAAAGAUGUCAGCGUCCUACUGUCCUUAUCCACUUCGGCAUAAAGGAGAUUGUUUUGAAUCAAAAGAAAAACAAGUCAAGUAGCAAAAUGUCAUGCUCGAACAACGUGGCAGCCAACACAUUCCUGAUGGACUCGCUGGUGGGAGGAACGUCUCCUUACAGAGGUGAGAGCUAUUCCACUAACUCCGGAAUGUAUAUGCAAACGUCUGCAGAAUAUGGUUGCUCCAUGAUGGGUAGUUUUGGCAUUGUUGGUACCCCUCUCUCCAAGCGGGAUGAUCUGCAACCGACUGGGAUGCAUCUCAGCAGUUACCAGCACUCACAUUACCUGUCGCAGCGGGACACUUGGAUCGCAGGCUCUAAAACUUACAGAGGCUCAAAACCUGUUGCCCAGCCUUUGCACCCAUGCUCGUUUCCAGCCAGUAAUGUGAAAGAGGAAGCAAUUUCUUGUCUUUACCAGCCUGAUAUCGACAGCGCUAAGGAGUCCGCCGAGAAAUCCACCUACAUCCGUCUGGGAGACAAUAACAGCCACCCGAAUCAAAGCGCCGUCUCCACCCCCGAUUAUUUCCGACGGAGCCAGGUGUACGCCAGUGAAAGGGGCCACCAUGGAGAUGAGUUCGGCUCGGACUUUAACCCAAUAGCCAGAAUAUCCACGCCUGUUGAAGCACUAGCUGCAGAUUCCUAUGUCAAAAGCAGCAAAGCAAGGCAGGACCCAGAAGACAAGGGAGGGAAUACGCAGGAAGACGACAUGGAUCAGAGACAGACUAGAAAAGAGGAGAGUGUCUCAAAAACAGACAGUUGUACUGAUGAUUCCGAGAGCGAAUUGAAAGAUGAGGCUAAAUUGGAAAAAAACACGGGGAACUGGCUAAAAGCGAAAAGUGGACGAAAGAAGAGAUGUCCUUACACAAAGCAUCAGACACUUGAGCUAGAGAAGGAGUUCUUGUUCAACAUGUACUUGACUCGAGAGCGCCGUCUGGAGAUCAGCAAGAGUAUCAACCUCACAGACAGACAGGUCAAGAUCUGGUUCCAAAACAGAAGGAUGAAGCUAAAGAAGCUCAACAGAGAAAGUCGCGUCCGAGAGCUAACCGGCUAUAGUUUCAACUGAGCGCUUAAGACAGACAAAGGAAGAAAUAAGAAAUUACAUGCUUUCUCGCGUUUCCCACGUUCAGCCCCUCUCUAUUAUUUAAUCUCUAUUUUUUCAGAUUUUUCCUUUUGCAUUCACAGACACACGCACACAUACAAAUACAGAACAGCAAAGCACUGGCCCAUGACUUUUAAUGCAAAGGGACUGAAAGAUCCUGCAAACAAUAUCCAGUUUACAUCCGAACCUAAUUUAUCAUUGUUGAACAGAUCAGAAUAGUAAUUGUAAUUAUGCCAGUAGAGUAGGAAAAGGAUGCUUGGUGCAAAUAUUCGUGGCAGAUUUGUAAUUUUAAAAAACUUAACUCAGAAUAUAUGAACGAGAUGUCCAUUCGAUGUCUUAGAUUAGUUUGUUUGCUGUCAGUGCGCUUGUCCUACAAUGCGCGCUCUGUAUUUUGCAUGCUUUGUUCUUUGACGUGUAUUUGUCAAUUUGAUGUUUAACUCGAGAGGCUGAUAAAUAAAACAGGGGGUGGGAAAAUAUAAUGUCCUGGUAUGUCCUUCCCCUUGCAUAUUUUCUCCUGUUUUGGGUGAAGAGAGGCAGAAGGAGAAAGUGCAUAGCACUUUCAGUAUGAGUGGGAGACCCAUAACGUUGAUUUAAAUAUUAUCCAGGUGACCACAGUAAGUCAAGGUCAUAAAAUUGUAAUGUCUU